AUGCAUCGCGAUACUGCCAUUGCAUGGGCUUCUCGCAUCAUAGGCCAAGAGCUAACAGAGGACGACAUUUGUUUGGUGUGGCAGCUCAUCGAAACGAAGGUCAAGCCGUUUGGAAGCAGGUUCUCGUAUGUAGGCGAGGUAGGCUCAGUGGAGUUUAUGGUCGUUACGCGUAGAGCCGUGUUCAGGAGGGGCUACUUGGGUAUGGACCCGGCGGAGAUACUGCAGUUUCAUGAAGGUGAAAAGGAGAGGAUCGCGAGGAAGCUGUUAGAAGAGGAAGGUCUUGGUCACUUGGAGUUUGCCACUCGUCUAGACACCAAAAUCGGAAGACUGAGCUUUGAAGAGCCACGAUUCGAUUCAUACACGAGCACUGUCAUCAUCGUAAUGGCAGCAUUCGACUACUCUGACCAGAAAAGAGCGAAAGAAACUGAAAAGAUAUCCUCCUGGUCCGCUCGACAGAUCCAGACUCCAGCACAUGCUGUGUUCGUGAUUCAAGUGCAGGCCCAAUAUCAAAUCUAGUGGGUCGACAUCUUAACAGAAAGACAAGAAAGUGCUAGCAUGCGCCUGAGCCUAAGAAGACAGAACACGAAGAAAACUGGUCCCUUUUCGGGCUACAUCGUCUUGGCGUUCUUGGUUGGGACAGCCAACGGACAGUAACAACGAAUGCUGUGAAGACAGACGGGUCCGGGGUGAACCGGCUGACGAACAG